GGUGACGCGUCACAUGGAACGGAAGAGGAAGCGGGAGCAGAGAGAGGCCGACGUCCUGUUGGUAGUUAUCCGCCGCCGCUGCUCUCGGGAGUUUUUUUUUUUUCUUCACGGCUAUGAUUGACAGAGGCAGCAGAGGUUUACACGGGCAUGUCCGCACACUUGCUCGUUUGUUAUCGUAACAGAAAGACGUGCAGCAUGGCGACUGAAGCCGGAGCCCAGAUCUGUCGCCAGAGGAGGAGACGGAGAGCUGCCUGCGUGGGACUCCUGAGGAUCUUAUUUAUUGCUUUUAUUCACACGACGCGGGCGAAUAAACAAGCAUUCAUUCAGUCAGACACAAUACUAGAAGUUCUACAUUUUGGCGAGGGCAGCCUUUUACAGGGAGAGUCUGACAUCGAUUUUAGUUUAUAUCAUCAACAAAGCAUGUCCACACACCGUGGGAACUGUCGACCUAUACGAUUUGAACCUCCAAUGUUGGAUUUUCACGAACAGCCCGUUGGAAUGCCAAAAAUGGAAAAAGUUUAUUUACAUAACCCUAGCUCAGAAGAAAUUAGUUUGAUAUCAAUAUCAGCAACAACAGCACAUUUUCACGCAUCCUUUUUCCAGAAUAGGAUAAUACCACCAGGAGGAAACACAUCAUUUGAUGUGGUAUUUCUUGCUCGAGUAGUUGGGAAUGUAGAAAAUACAUUAUUUAUUAAUACAUCACAUCACGGAGUGUUUACAUACCAGGUUUUCGGGGUUGGUAUACCAAACCCCUACAGACUGCGACCCUUCAUUGGGGCCCGAGUCCCAGUAAACAGCAGCUUCUCACCUCUUAUAAACAUCCACAACCCAUACAGUGAACCACUGCAGGUGGUUGAGAUGUACUCCAGUGGUGGGGAUUUGCAUCUAGAGCUUCCCACAGGCCAACAAGGAGGUACUAUAAAAUUAUGGGAGAUUCCCCCAUUUGAGACAAAAGGGGUGAUGAGAGCCAGCUUCUCUUCCAGAGAUGUGGACAACCACACGGCUUUCAUCAGAAUCAAAACCAAUGCUCCCAAUGAGGACCAGUUCAUCAUCCUCCCCGUAGAGGUGGAGGUCACAUCAGCCCCCGGUAUAUACUCAUCCACAGAGAUGCUCGACUUUGGUACACUCAGAUCACAAGAUCGUCCGAAGCUGCUGAAUCUACACCUUUUAAAUUCAGGAACAAAAGACGUUCCCAUUACGAGUGUACGUACAACACCGUCAAACGAAGCCGUCACAAUAGACUUCAAAGCAGUUACACUCAAAGCUGGAGAGAACAGAUAUACCAAAGUCGCAAGUAUUAGUUUUGAUGCCUCAAAAGCCAGAAGACCAUAUCAGUUAUCUGGAAAAAUAACAGUUAAAGCAAAAGAGAAGAGUUAUUCCAAGCUUGAAAUCCCAUACCAGGCAGAGGUUUUAGAUGGCUACCUGGGCUUUGACCACACAGCCACAUUGUUCCACAUCAGGGACAGCCCCGUGGACCCGGUGGACAGACCCAUCUUCCUCACAAAUGCCUUCAGCUUCGCAAUCCGGAUACACAACGUGUCCCUCCCCGAAGAGGCCAAAACAAUGUUUAAUGUGCAGAACUUCAGCACACCCAUCCUCAUCCCCCCACACGAGUCGCGUUACAUCUUCUCCCUCCUCUUCCGACCAGUUCGACCAUCAAUCCACAUAGACAGCAACAUCCUGCUCAUCACAAACGCAUCAAAGUUUCACCUGCCUGUUCGGGCUUACACCGGCUUCUUGGAGGUACGCAGUCAACGUGAAGUGGGUGCAGACGGGCGAACUCGGUCUAUCAUUCCUCUGGUUCUCCCUCCCAGUCUGAAGGAGAACCUGCUGGACUUUGGUGUCCGCAGUGCAACAGACACCAGCAGCAUCAUAUUUGUAGUGGUCAACAGUAACCCUAUAGAGCUGGAGAUUAAGUCCUGGUUGGUCACAGGAGACAGUCUCUCCAUGGAGCUGCUGAAGACCGAAAAGGGAAACACAACGGCGGCCCAGGGUCACCUGGAAGAGCUGCAGAACACCUCAGCCUCCCAUCAUAAAACGGUUAUAUUAGCAUCCGGAUAUUACGCAGCAUUCAGAGUGACACUAGUGGCCAAAGCUCUGGAGGGCACAUACGACGGGGCUGUACACCUCACCACAGAUUAUGAGAUAUUAACCAUCCCGGUGAAAGCUGUCAUCGCAGUGGGCACAUUAAGCAGCUCUCCCAAACACAUCAUUUUGCCACCUUCAUUUCCGGGGAAAGUAGUUCACCAAAGCUUUAGCAUACAGAGCUCCUUCACACAGAAAGUGAGACUGCAGCAGAUCCGCUCCCUGACAGAAGACAUCCGAUUUUAUUACAAACGUCUCCGCAACAGCAAAGACGAGCUGGAGCCCAGACGGAAGUCUAAGGUGGCAAACAUUUAUUUUGACGCCGGCUUGCAGUGUGGUGAUCACUGUUAUGUGGGCCUGCCAUUUGUGCUUAAAUCUGAGGCCAAACCUCACGGGCUGGCGUUACAGGAGGAUAUCUGGGACGCCGAUGUCGAUCUUCACCAGAAGCUCCUCAGACGAUGGAAAGAGCUCAAGGAGCGCUCUGUGCACAAGAUCGAAGCUGUCUUUGAAGUUAACACAGAUCUCCAGAAAAACGUGCAGGCUAAAAUAACCGCACACCUGACGUGGCCUUCGCUGGUCAACUCUUCACAGAGAAUCACGUUCCCCCUGACCAACACCAACAGCUCCUCUGAUGAGGAGGUGAUUUUGCAGAACCCUGCAGAUGUCCCUGUUUAUGUCCAAGUGCUCCCCUUGGCGCUUUUACCAAACCCCUCUGUGUUUUCUGGAAAACUGGCCGACAGGUUUCCUUUAGGAAACUUAUCCAACAUCAAUAUAAACACAAACACCUUCGAGUUCCAGGUUCACAGAAAUCAAACAUCACUAAUAAGGAGCAGUACAGGCUUUGUAGAAGGCUCAACCAGGCCCUUUGUGUACAACCUCCUCCUGCUGCCUGGAGAAGUCAAGUCUUUCAACAUAAGAUUUACUCCCAUAGGAAACCACAGUGUCUCCUCCCUCCUCAUAGUCAGAAACAACCUGACGGUUAUCGACACGAUCAUACUUCACGGACGAGGCACGACAGAGAGCCUGAAGGUCGGAGGGAAGCUUCCAGGACAAGGCAGCUCGCUGAGGUUUAAAAUGACCGAAGCACUGCUGAAAGACUGCACAGAGAAAACAAAAGUGAAAGAGCCAAACUUCACUCUGAGAAGGACGUUCAGAGUGGAGAACACGGGUUUGCUCCCGAUCACCAUCAAAUCGGCAGAAAUCAAUGGACAAGCCUGCGAAGGAUUCGGAUUCAAAGUUCUCAACUGUCAAGAAUUUGCACUCAAGCCAAAUACUUCGAAAGACCUCGUCAUACUGUUUACACCCGAUUUCACUUCCUCUCGAGUGAUCCGGGAGCUGAAGCUGGUGUCGUGCGGCGGUUCAGAAUUUGUGUUUGUCCUCAAUGCCUCGUUGCCCUAUCACAUGCUAGCCGCAUGUGCAGAGACCCUGCCCAGGCCCACCUGGGAGCUCCAGCUCUACAUCACUGUGUCUGUCAUUAUGAGUUGCAUGUUUCUGAUAGUGAUCACCACGGCCUACCUGGAGGCUCAGAGCAUAUGGGAGCCCUUCAGGAGGCGCGUGUCCGUGGAAUCCAACUCCACCUUGGAGACGGGGAGACCCUUCAAUCUCAGGGACAUUGUGCAAAUUCACACUGAUUCAAACGACCCACCACAGAACUCCAGAGGUUUAUACGCAUCCACCAACGGGGCAGCUCGGGGAGGCCGACAAAACAGCAGCCGUCCCUCGCCAGACUCCGACAGCCAGGGUAACAGGUCCAGGAUCAGCUUCACUCGCCCACCUAUGCAACCUCCUUCCUCCCAGCUCACCAAAGGAAGUUCAGCCUCGGGCAAUGAAGGCCCUUCUGCUCCCUGCCAGGUAACCAACCGCAAAGUUCGCAGCAGCAAACAGCCUGACUUCCAGAGUCCAAGCUUAGGCGGCCCGUCGCUGCCUCACAGAGGCGUCUGCCCCGACGAAGCAGAGUUCGCCAACCUCAUUGGAGCCAUGGACAACGACCUCGACCGUCCAGAGCCGCUCGGUCCCGAAACUCUUCAGGAGCAGAGUUCUCAGUCCAUACCAAGCAAAGUGUUGGAAUCCAAAGGGAAGCUGCGCGCUAAAGCAAAAGCCCAGAGAAAGAAGGAAGAGAAGGAGAAAAAGUCAACAGUAAAGACUCAGGGAGACGAGCUCAAAGAUCUCGCCGACAACGACGACAGCUCCUCCACGACUACAGAGACCUCCAAUCCAGAUGUGGAGACCAACAUUAAAGAGGAACCAGUAAAAAAGAAAGGAAGGACAGUAACCCCGGAAACGGCAAAAGAAGAAACAUCAAAUUUUCUGAUUAAACCCAAAACAAAGAAACAAGUAACCACAAAGAAGGAGAACCAAGCAGAAAAAUCCAGUUCUCUCGAGCUGCCCUACGUAACACCGCUGGAGACCAAGCAGCGGAAGAACUUCCCCUCCAAAUCUCUCCAUCCUCUCACCAGCAUCACAAAGACGAGACCUCUACAGAAACCUAGAUUAGACGGAAAGCUGGAGGACGGGCGGCCUUCCUUUUUCCCCAAAGCGUCAGAGCUGGGACACAGCAGCAGCUCUGAAGGAGAGAAGGAGUGCGCUUCACCCGAGUGGGACGUCCCUCUUUCCAAAAACAGCAUCCCAGCUGACAGUCUUCAGCAGAUCUCCCUGCAGACGAUAAAUGCAGAUCCUUUCCUGAAGCGAUCGGCCACAGCUGGGACCUGCUCCCCUCCACCCACCUCCCCCAGCUUACUGUCUCGAGGCACCUACAGCAGUGUGGUCAGCAGCAACAGUGAGAUAAACCAGAAGAAAGCCCCAGGAAAUAAACUGCCUGCAGCCCUCCCGCAGCCGGGCAAAAACGGGAACCUCACCUUUGCUGACGCUGUAACUAAAGGUUAUGACAAAAGCCCAGGUGGCUCUGGCGCAGGUAAAACUGACAGCCAAGGCAAGAGUCUGGAGCACAUGAGAUCCUUUGAAAGCGACAGCUCAGACAGCUCUGGACUGUGGAGUCCAAUCGACGCGACCAGCAGUCCAAACUACCAGUCGGCCAACUCUUUCUCCGCUUUUGGCUCCAACAACCCCUUCAACCUGUCGGGAGUGUUCAGUGGAAUGAGCCUCCAAAAGCCAUCUGAGCCUCAGCAGAGCUGGCCAGAGUUCACUACCACUGUCCCCUCCUCCAUCUGGGACAUACCGAGCCCCAGCGAUCCCCUGCACUCCUGGACCAGCACCCCCAGCCCUACGCCUGCCUCAACCACAUCACUCCUGGGAAACGGCCGCAACCCGUGGUCUACGACCACACCCUUCGGCAGCUCCAUUUGGUCAACGAGCGCAGAGCCAGCCUUAAACCCUUUCCCUCCAACCACCACCUCGACACCUCUGACCGAUCUCGUCAGCAGCUCCGCCCCAUCGCCACCACCAGCCGUGGCUUCCACUGAGAUGAGUCGGACCUACAACCCCUGGAGCAUGUGGGGCCCCACCCUGAGCAGGCGCAGCUCUGAGCCGUGGCCCAGCUCCUGCAACAACACCAACUAAGAAGGCCACGCCGUAGCACUUAAGUUCUCUGUACUCAGAAAGAAAAUUCUCCUGUAAUCAGAUUCCUGACAGGAAGCAGCCUGGAGCGAUCACCAGCCUGGCGCUGCGUAUAGGUCUCUGCAGCUUUUUAUUCCCGGGGGGUGGGGAGGGAUGCCCACUUUUAUUUGGAUUUCUUUUAACAGGUUUCCCUAAAGUUAAGAGGCUGAUAGCACGGUGAAGGCUGCGUUUGUCCUUUAAAAGUGACACUUGGAGCAAAAUCUCUAAAGUUCAGUAUUAAUGUUGGAACAGACGUUUAUUUGAAGCCAUAAGUCCCGCUUUCACCAUCACUUUGA